AUGGGAAAGCCAAAGUAUUUUCUUGGGAUUGAAGUUGCAUAUAAAAAACAUGGUCUGUUGUUGUCUCAAAGGAAGUAUGUGCUAGAUUUACUAGAAGAAACAAAUCUUUUGGAAUGCAAAUCUGCAAGCACUCCAAUGGAGGCAAAUGUUGAUUUGUGGCGUGAUGAUACCUCUCUACUAGAUGAUGCUGCACGAUAUAGGAGACUAAUUGGGAAGCUAAUAUAUUUUAUAGUUACCAGACCUGAUAUUACUUUUGCAGUAGGUGUACUGAGCAGGUUUAUGCACAAACCUAGAGAGGUUCAUUGGACAGCAGCUCUGAAGAUUUUGGCAUAUGUCAAAAGUUGUCCUGGCAAGGGAUUGUUAUAUAAGAAUCAUGAGCAUACUCACAUUUCGGCUUUCUCUGAUGAUGGCUACGCAGGAGACUGGGAGACCGAAAGUCAACCUCAGGAUUUUGUACUUUUGUUGGAGGUAAUCUUGAGACUUGGAGAAGUAAGAAACAAGAUGUAG